CCCCCCCCUGCGAAAUCGCACUGGACAAUGGUCACCCCCGUCGCUACAUUUCAAAUUAAACAAAAUGAAGAAUAGUAAAAAAGUUAUAUCUUCUUGUGAAAAAGAUUUCAUCCUAACGUGUAUACGCAAUAGGAAGCGUAUAGACCGUCGUCAAUGUUAUGAUUACAGAAAACUAGAAAUAUCAUUUGGAGUAGAUAGAGGUCACUGUGAGGUUCAGUUAGGCAAAACAAGAGUGCUGGCACAAGUUACUAGUGAGAUAGUGCCUCCACCACCCAAUAGACCAUCAGAAGGACAAUUGUUUUUUAAUCUUGAACUUUCGCCAAUGGCAUCACCUGUUUAUGAAACAGGAAGACCAUCAGAACAUACAGCUGAACUAAACAGAUUACUUGAAAGGGUUUACAAACAAUCUCGUUGUGUAGAUGUUGAGUCCCUGUGUAUUGUAGCUGGUGAGAAGGUAUGGUCAAUUCGUGUGGACAUUACUGUGUUAGAUGAUGGUGGAAAUAUUAUUGAUUGUGCAUCUAUUGCUACCAUCACUGCAUUGUCUCAUUAUAGACGUCCUGAUGUGUCUGUUUCUGGUGAGGAAGUUACUGUCUUUUCAGCUGAAGAUCGUGAUCCAGUUCCUUUAAGUGUUCUUCACAUUCCUGUUUAUGUGACAUUCGCAUUUUAUGAUAACGGAGGCUUACUCUUAGUGGAUCCUACAGAAAGGGAGGAAAGUGUCAUGGAUGGCCAAAUGAUGAUGGCAAUGAAUAUUGAUCGUGAAAUUUGUGCAGUUCAAAUGAAUGGAGGAUUAUCAUUAGAAGCUGAACAGGUGUUAAGAUGCUCCCAAAUCACUGCUGUCAAGGUGGCUGAUAUCACUGAUUUGAUUCAUAAAGCAUUAAGGAUGGAUGAAGAAGCCAGAAAGUCGGGCAAGUUAAACGCGACCGGAAUAACGCAAGAUGUUCGUCGUAUAACACUAACAACUGAAGAAGAAGCUGAAAUGGACAUUACAGAAACUUUGGAAUCCAUCACAACUCCAGAACAUCGCACAAAAAGAAACGAAACGGAAGAAGCAGAUACCGCUAUUAAACUAAAGGGGCUUAAUACUGCCGAGAUUGGUUUGGGUGGAUGGAACACAUGGAUAGAUGAAAACAUAUUAGAACAUGAAGAUACCAUGGCAUCAGAUCAAGAGAAUGAUAGUAAACAAGUUACUGACGAAAUUGUUUUGUCUGGUGAAAGUAGUGAAGAAGAUGAAAUCAUCUUGCUAUCAUCCUCUAACAUCACAGAUUUUCAAGAGAAAAAAGUGAUAAAAGAAAACAGAACGACAGAUGAAAUAAAAACAAAAGGAAAAAAGAAAUAAAUAUCUCGUAAAUAAUCUACGGUUCCAGAUUCAGGUGUUUGGUCCAGGUGCUGUUUUAGUGGGUUCGUUCACGACUGCUUCAGUUUAUGCUUACAAUUAGAAUUGUCACAAUUGACGAAAAGAACUAUGACUGUAAAACUACAUUAAUAAAAAACAAAAAUAGA